CGACACCAACCUUGACAUCCAUAUGCCUCCACGAAAGACCAAUAACAAGAAGGGACAGGUGAAGGAGGCUGUCCCUUCGUCGGCUGCUGCACCUCCUCCAGCCCCAAGCUUGAAAUUUCCUGAGAUUUCGGAGAAGGACUGGAUGGAGAUUGAGACGUUCCUCGAGGACCAAAUCAUCUUGAUCAAGAACUUCCUCUCGGCCGCAGAAUGCAAAGCUUACGCUCACUUUAUCGACAACUUGCCCCUCGAAUUGACACCACCGAAGAAGAGAGGCGAGGCGUCGAGGGUGAAUUACCGCUACUCUAUAACAUCGCCCGACUUCGCUAAGCGAUUGCAUGAGGUGCUGACGCCGCAUCUGUCGCCCUUUCCGCACCCUGCGAGAGGAGGGGCGCCGCGGCUGCCUCACUCGAUGAACUCGAAUAUUCGGAUGUACAAGUACACUCAGGGGCAGUACUUUGGUCAGCACUACGACGACUCCGUGAAGGACAGUGUCACCGGCGAUAAAUCUGAAUGGACGCUCCUUGUAUAUAUUACAGGCGCCGAAGACGGCGUUCAAGGAGGAGAGACUAUCUUCCAGCUAGAAGAAGGAGAGGGCAAGCGGCGAACGACCCGACCUCUCGUUCCGCCAUUGUCACGCGGCAUGGCUCUACUUCACAGACAUGGCGCGAAUUGCUUGCUGCACGAAGGCGCGCCAGUUGUAAAGGGUACGAAGUACGUCUUGCGCUCGGACCUGAUGUUUGCAUGAAGCUGGCCUUCAACCAUCUAA